AUGGCUGCCACGUUCCGUCCAGUUAACAGUCCGCUUCCGGCGGAGCAACGUAAGGACACCAUCGCCACCCCGACGAUGACCCCGCGUCCGAGUACCGCCCCCUCGCAGACUCCGAGACCCGCGCAAGACGCCGUUUUCAGCGCUGGCGCAUUAGCCUCACAGAAGCCCCUCCCGAAUGACCGGUUUCCCGACUCCGUAGCGAUCCCUGAAUCUACACCGCCCACGGCUGGCCAAAAAAGAGAACGAGAACACUCGCAGCAACCGAGUCGAGCGAAAUCCGAUGAUGUUGCGAUGAACGAAUCAGAAGGAGAGCCAGGUGCGGCUGGUGCAAGAGGAGGAACGAGCGGGGCAGCAGGGUCGACUGGGACACAGGGAAGCAAUGAUGAGGGUCACGGUUCUGGGGACGAGAGCAACGAUGGAAACAAAUCGAAGAAGAAGAAGUCGCAGCGCUUCUACUGCACAGACUAUCCUCCAUGCAACCUCAGCUUUACCAGGAGUGAGCACCUCGCUCGUCAUAUCAGAAAACACACAGGCGAGCGCCCGUUUCAAUGUCAUUGCUCUCGUCGCUUCUCACGACUCGAUAAUUUGCGGCAGCAUGCACAGACGGUGCAUCUGAACGAGGACAUUCCGAUUGACUCUUUGGCUGCGACCGGCACACGAUACCAGAGGCAGAUUCGGACAGACAGGAUAGGCAGGACGACAGGCAGGGUCCGGUCGACGACAACUUCGAGCAUUGGGCCAGUUCGUGGCCAUGCCAAGUCAUUGUCCACAUCCAACAUCGCCAAUUUGUCGUCAAUCACCGGCUCAGCUUUCACUCUUGGCGACAAUGGUCGGCGGCCACCACCGCUGGUCGUGAACGAUCCCAUGGCCCGGCCAUCGUUUGAGCAUUAUGCAUCUGGUGAGGGCCCGCAAUACCGUGCUCCCUCGCCUGGCGACUUCAGCACACCGACCUCAGCUACAUUUUCUACUGCUCAGAACAGCCCUCGGUGGAACCCCAUCGUGGCUCCCAGCGGCGGUCAUGGGGGUCAUGGCCAUGUCCGGUCGCAAAGCAUGUAUGUCGACUCGAAGACCACUCCUGCACGUCGCCUGAGUGUUCCCUCUGGCGGCAACCCAUUCCAGUCACCUGGCGGACCAAGCGCCAGACCUGUCUUUGGUCCCUCGGCCAUCGGCUCCUCCGGAAGCGAGUCCGCCUCGCCGGCUCAGGGCAGCAUCCUGUCACCACCUGCGGGUUCAGCGCCGACAUGGCAGAGGAGGGAAUCUGUGUCGACCGUGGCAGAUGAUACUUGGCGGCGUCGGACUUGGCAUCCAGACAGCCGUGAUUUCAAUCCAAGCAGGCUCAGCCAAGUUAUGGUGCCUUCACAGAUCGCCCCCGAAACCAUUUCCGAUCAUCCCCCGCCUCUGUCGCAGCCCAUCCGUCUGCCAGGUAUCGAAUCUUUCGACAACAUCAGGCCGCCAACCCCUCCCAGACGUGCUCUUUCGCCUAUGAGAGUUGACACAGAGCUUGCCAUCCGGCCCGGACCUGGUCCUCGGCCCGAUCCCAUCCUAGACCGCAGGCCGACCGUGCAGUGGGACUCGAGCUUGGAUCGUGGCAUUAACCGGCUGGACCUUAACACCCCUCCGAGAGACAGUGCCGGUGCCUGGGCCCACGAGACCAACCAGGCCUUGAUGAUGCGCAACGAGCCUGUGCGCGACCCUCCCAAGCCGCAAACCUACACGACCCCUUACCCACCACACCCACAGUACACCACUGCAUCGGGUCCCCCCCAGUACACAACCUCUGGGCCUCCUCAGUAUACUGCGGCUCCCGCUCCCGAGCCCGUUCGUGAACCGCCACGUCAUGUGAGUUGGUAUGACGGCCCUCCUGCUGCUCCCCCGCCUCCUCCGCAGCCUCGGGAGCCGACGUACGACACCAGACCCCGUAUGGACCGCAUGCUGCAUCCGAACCUGAGCAAUUUCCAGGGCUUCCCUGCACGGGAGCAGCCUCCUCCCGUCCGUCAGCACACCGUGCCUGUCAUGGAGCCCAAUCCGUAUACUGCGGAACGCCCCCCGAACCAGUCAGGUAAUACGUCUGAGUCAAUGAAAAGGCUGCAGGCGCUUGUGGCUGUGGCAACCAGUGAGGGAACUGCUUACUGA